AUGGUUUGGAAAUGGCUGGCCGCCUGGCUCCUGCUCCCCGUCCAGCUGCUCGGCCUGGUGGCGAAGGCGCUCGUGGGCACGCUGCUGCCCUCCAAGCUGCGGGACUUGUCCGGAGACAGCGUGCUGAUCACCGGCGGAGGCCGAGGCAUCGGGCGUCACCUGGCCAGGGAGUUUGCCAAGCGGGGGGCCCGCAAGGUUAUCCUGUGGGGUCGAACUGAGAAGUGCCUGAAGGAGACUACAGAGGAGAUCCGGGUGAUGGGCACGGAGUGCUAUUACUUCAUCUGUGAUGUGGGGAAUCGGGAGGAAGUCUACCAGCAGGCCAAAGCCGUCCGUGAAAAGGUGGGGGAUAUCACCAUCCUUGUAAACAAUGCGGCGGUUGUUCACGGCAGGAGUCUGAUGGAGAGUGAUGAUGACGCCCUCCUAAAAUCACAGCACAUCAACACGCUGGGACAAUUUUGGACCACAAAGGCCUUCCUGCCGCGGAUGCUGGAGCUACAGAAUGGGCAUAUUGUGUGUCUGAACUCUGUCCUGGCUUUAUCAGCCAUUCCGGGGGCCAUUGAUUAUUGCACUUCCAAAGCCUCUUCCUUCGCCUUUAUGGAGAGCUUGACCCUGGGGCUGCUGGACUGCCCGGGGGUGAAUGCCACCACCGUCUUGCCCUUCCACACAAGCACCGAAAUGUUUCAGGGCAUGAGAAUCAGGUUCCCCAACCUUUUCCCCCCACUAAAGCCAGAGGUGGUGGCCCGAAGGACAGUGGAAGCCGUUCAGCAGAAUCAAGCCUUCCUCCUCCUUCCAUGGACAAUGCAUAUCCUCAUCAUCUUGAAAAGCCUCCUCCCGCAAGCGGCACUCGAAGAGAUCCACAAGUUCUCCGGGAGCUACACCUGCAUGAACACUUUCAAAGGGCGCACAUAGGGGUUGCACCGUGCUCAGGCGCAAAGCCAGAAGAGGCUGUGACCUGACACAAUUUUUGGCCAGCCAGCCCUGUUCUCGUUUGCCACGGUGGCACCUUCAGCGCUCCGUCAAUGAGGCCUCUGUGAAAGAUGGACCCAACUCCUUGGGGACCUGGAAGUGAACAACGGGGAGGGGGACGUGGGGUCAGUUCUUUAGAAACCUGAUUGUGCCAUUUGUUCAUAGGUUAUUUUUUCCUUUUAAAGAGUUUCAGGGUCUAGCUGAAUCCUUCCACGCCGAACACAUCCCACUGCGCUUCCCAUGGACAUAAGGGUUUCUCUCGCCCUCUCUGAUCCGUAAAGCUGGUCAGAUGAUUCUUGAAAGCAUCUCUUGCUCUUUGCCACUGCAUUCGGAGUCUAAGACAGCAGCCGGUUUAUUUUGGCUCCGGCCCACUGUCGAAAGGGUACGGAACAUUCCUUUGUCAGGGGCGGCCGGUCGGCCAGGCCCGCGAGAACAAGGACAAACAACUCGAGCGGCUUUUGUUGAAGGGGUUCCUCCGACGGCUUCCUAGAGAAGGGCCAUGUUUGAUGCAUGAGGUUUAGAAAGGGGUGAAAGAGAAUGUUUUCUCCCUCUCUGGUAAUAUGCGAACUGGCAGGUGAUGGACAGGAGAUCCCAGACAGACAACGGGAAUUCGCUCUUAACUCCACGCAAAGUUAGCGUACGGAGUUCACUGGUACAAGAUCUGCAAGGGCCACUCGUUUUGUUGGCAUUGAAAAGAGGAUUAGUCAGAUCCCUGGAGGGAAAGUACAUUGGUCGGUAUGAGGCACCAUGGAUGGAUCCUCCAUGUUCUGAGGUAGCGUACCUCCAGGUACCAAUGCAGGGGGUGGUAAACAAUGGGGAUUUUAGCUUCCCCUUGUAGGCCUCCCAGAAGAAUCUGGUUGACUACUUUGUGACACUCAUUGCUAGAUGGACAGUUGGUCUGAUCCAGCAACGGGAUAAGGCAUCACCGUCUGUGAUAUUGUGACAUCGUUUUAACUGUACACCACCUCGAGGCGGGCUCUGAAGAGGUGGCAUAGAAAUGUCUUAAAUAAACACAUGAAUUUAUUCACCACAGAGGGGAGUUCAGCUCUGUGCUUGAAAAACUCUGAAAUAUCCUCGCGGGGUUUUAACUUCAGUCCCGCCUCCGUCUGGGAAAUGGACUCGUAUACAUCAACCCUGAGGACUACUAACCUUGACAGAGAAGAAUGGAACCUCCAUGUUCUGGGGCAGUAUACCGUGGGAUAAUGGGUAUAAAGAGAAUGGGGAAGCUGUCAUCUUGAAGAUAUGCUUGCCAGCACUGAGAGGGGUCUUUGUCCCGGUCCAUCAUGGUUGCUGUUCUGGUCUUCUGGCUUUGAACAGUGCAGAAGCAAAACAUAAUAUUACCCAGAAGUUCUUGAGGCAUGGAGUUGAACUUCUCUCUAUGGUGGAUAUAGGAUGAGGCCUUACACCCUUUGUCAUCGUUGUGCCAAUGUUCCGGCGGCAGGGGCACCCAUCACACAGCGUCCCCCUUUUUGCCCACCCUUGUGAGCACUUUAUUUACUCUUCUUUACACGCACAGCUUACAAGUGUUGUCUCUUUGAGUCUGCAGUCUGUUCCCCAUCUCCUGGCCCCAACUCACCCGGGGAGCAGUUCUGCCUGCUUUUUACUUUCAAAAGACAAAUUAAUAAACACCAGGUAUAACUGCAUACUAUGGCUGUCAUCCACCAUUCAAACAAUGCUAAAGAUAGUUUUAUAAUAUUCUCUAUUGUUUCCUAUAUCAAAAUUUCCAUAAGUAAUUCAAUACAUAAGUUAUGCAGGUAAUUUACAA